GUGUGUCAGGUGUGUGUGUGUCCGACCUGCUGUUGGCACGAUCUGGAUAACAGCGAGUACGACUGCUGGCCUCUGGACAAACCCAACGAGUACAACAUGAUGGACUGUGGAGGUCUGGAGAUGGCGUGGCUGCUCCGCCCUCCAGACACCGUGAAGAGCGGAGAACCGUUCAGCGUCUCGUACUCUGUGAGCGCCGGAGAGGCGUUCUACAGCUGGGCCGUUGAGAACCACAUCUUCACUCACAGUGCCAUCGUGGACGCAGACGCAGCUCGGAGGUUCUGUGAAAACAUCGACUGUCCGACCAACUGGAAAGACGCUGACGGAGAAAACUGCUGCAUCCACCACGCCAACAUCCACUCCUGUCCUCUGGGACACAUGACGGAGAGCAUCUGCGGUCCCUGGAUCCCUGACGACGGGAAGAUCUUCACUCACACCAUCUCCACCGCGGGGAAGAUGACGCAGAGCAACUGGACCUCCAAGGUGGUUCUGGUUCACUCCGGUUUGACCUCGCUCAUCGCUCACAUUCGAGUCGGACGCAUGCAGGUCGCUCUGGAGGCCAAGAGCACCGUGGAGCCGGCUGUAGUGUGUGGAGAUGGCGUCUGUGAGGAGGCGGAGCUUUGUUCUACGUGUUCGGCGGAUUGUGGUGAAUGCCCGAUGACUCCAACCACCAAACUGUCCAUCGGCCUGCCGCUCAGCCUGCUCUGCCUCUGCUUCGUCCUGACCGCCGUGUGGCUGAGGUACCAGAAACAGAAGCUCCUGUGGGACGAGAGCUGGAUCAUCGACUUCUCCAAGAUAAAACAAGACCAGGAGGCCCGGAUGACGAUGGGCAGUCUGAUGAGUGCGCCGGUGGGGAACAGCGACAGUAACACCAGCUGUGUGACGGCGCUCAGCUGCUACAACGGACAACCUGGGAGCCGGAAAACCCCGUUCACCUGCACCGGGAUAUAUGAUGGCAGGACGGUGGCCAUCAAGAGGAUUCAAACCAAAACCUUCUCCCUGUCCAAAACCAUCAGACAGGAAGUCAAACAAGUCAGGGAGUUCGACCACCCAAACCUGUGUAAGUUUAUCGGAGGUUGCGUUGAGCCGCCGGAUGUUGCCAUAGUGACGGAGUACUGCCCCAAAGGAAGCCUUAACGACGUUCUGCUUAACGAGGAGAUCCCACUCAACUGGGGCUUCAGGUUUUCCUUCGCUACAGACAUAGCGCGCGGCGUGGCGUACCUCCACCAACACAAGAUCUGUCACGGCCGACUGAAGUCUGUAAACUGCGUGAUCGACGACCGCUGGGUCUGCAAAAUCACAGAUUUCGGGUUGAGAAUGUAUCGCAGGCACGAGGGGGCGGAGCCUCUUUCGUCCUAUCAGCAGAGACUUCAGGAGGUCUACAUGCCGCCUGAGUUUCAUAACUCCAGCAUGGAGCCCACGCUCCCUGCAGACGUGUUCAGUUACUCCAUCAUUCUGCUGGAGAUCGCCACUCGCAGCGAUCCCGUUCCAGUGGAGGAGUCAAGCCUGGAGAGCUCCUGGUGUCCUCCUCUCCCCGAGCUGAUCUCCAGUCAGGUGGACAACACCUGUCCCUGUCCCGCAGACUACGUGGAGUUGAUCCGGAGAUGUCGCUCUCAGAAUCCGUUUCACCGGCCGACCUUCGAGCAGAUCAAGAAGUUUGUCAACCGGGUCAACCCGAUCAAAGUCAGCCCGGUGGACAUGAUGAUGAACCUGAUGGAGAAGUACAGCAAACACCUGGAGGGUUCUGGUGCCGAGAGGCACUCAGGACCUGACCGCACGAGAAACAGAAAUCCUGACCGGCUGCUUUACGGUAUGCUCCCCAGACAGGUGGCAGACGACCUGCGUCAGGGGAAACCUCUGAAGGCUCAGAGCUACGUCAGCGCCACCGUCUUCUUCAGUGAUAUCGUAGGUUUCACUCAGCUCUCCAGCAGCAGCACUCCUUAUCAAAUCGUUGAUUUCCUGAACAAACUCUACACGACGUUCGACGACAUCAUCGACAACUACGAUGUGUACAAGGUGGAGACCAUCGGAGACGCCUAUAUGGUGGUGUCGGGGGUCCCUCAGGAGAACGGGGUGCAGCACGCAGCAGAGAUCAGCAGCCUGGCUCUGGACCUGGUGGGGGUCUGCAGCUGCUUCAGGAUCCCACACACACACACACUGCUGCAGAUACGAGCGGGGAUACACUCCGGUCCGGUUGGUGGCGGGGGGUCGUUUGGGACGAAGAUGCCUCGUUACUGUUUGUUUGGAGACACGGUGAACACGGCGUCCAGGAUGGAGUCCACCAGCCUGGCGUUGAAGAUCCAGUGCAGCUCUGCAGCGUUCUACCUGCUGGAGGAGAUCGGAGGAUACCUGCUGACCUGCAGAGGAACUCUCAGUGUGAAGGGGAAAGGGGACAUGGUGACGUACUGGCUGGAGGGGAAGAAGAAGAAGAACUGUAGAGAGACGACCAAACACACCAACGAAGAAGAAGAGGAGGAAGAGGAGGAGGAAGAGCAGCUGUUCUCCUCCAUCCCGGGGAGUCUGCCCGACGGCAGCCUGCAGCUCGCCUGACGAGGGAAAUACAUUCAAUAUAUAUAUAUAUAUAUAUAUAUAUAUUCUUUAAAUUCAGUCAAAGUGUAAGAUUUUAGUUUAAGACAAGUUAUUUAUGUAAGAUGUUUAUUUAACACAAUUAUAUGUAUCAUGUGAGCGGACUAUAUUACAGAGA